UUUUUUGGCUGUGCCGGAAUUAUAUUUACCCGAAUAUACUUUCAGAACCUUUCCACAACUACGUCAUCGUCUUCUCAUCUGUAACAGAUUUCAGUAACCACCAUAACCGAGAUCUACAGUUAACCGCUUUCAUGGCGUCUUCAUCCGUCAACACCGCCAUUGAUAACCUCUUCAAUCUUCAAAUCAACGAACUCUCCACUUCUUCAUCUCCAAACCUCCAGAAAAACCUCUCGAUUCUCUCUCCGGAUCAGGUUGAGCUUGCGAAGAUGCUGCUGGAGAUGCGACAAGCGCACUUGUUUGAGGAUUGGCCGGAUCCUGGAGUUGAGGAUGAUGAGAAAAUAGCGUUUAUCGAUCAGGUCGGUCUUCUUAAUUCAAGCUAUCCCGGUGGUUUGGCGUCAUAUAUUAAAACUGCAAGAGAACUCUUAGCAGAUUCAAAAGCAGGAAAGAAUCCAUUCGAUGGCUUCAAACCAUCUGUCCCAUCAGGUGAAGUUCUGACAUUUGGUGAUGAUAGCUUUAUAAAAUACGAGGAGACUGGCGUCAAGCAAGUGCAAAACGCUGCAUUUGUUCUUGUGGCAGGAGGGCUCGGUGAACGUCUUGGAUACAAUGGAAUAAAGGUAGCACUUCCACUGGAGACAACUACAGGAACCUGUUUCUUACAACACUACAUAGAGUCCAUCUUAUGCUUAUCUGAGGCUAGCUGUAAACAGGCUCAAGGUGAAAGCAGACGGGACGUACCUUUUGUGAUAAUGACUUCAGAUGACACUCAUGCACGCACAUUACAACUUUUAGAAUCAAAUUCUUAUUUUGGGAUGAAACCUACACAAGUAAAACUUCUUAAACAGGAAAAAGUUGCUUGUUUGGCUGAUAAUGAUGCUAGGCUUGCUGUAGAUCCGAAAAAUAAAUACAGAAUACAGACAAAACCUCAUGGUCAUGGUGAUGUUCAUUCACUUCUCUAUUCAAGUGGUCUUCUUAAAGAAUGGAAAGAUGCUGGUUUGAGAUGGGUGCUGUUUUUCCAAGAUACAAAUGGACUUCUAUUCAAGGCAAUUCCUGCAGCUUUAGGAGUUAGCGCCACUAAAGAGUAUCAUGUUAAUUCUCUUUCGGUUCCUCGCAAAGCUAAAGAAGCUAUUGGAGGCAUUACAAGACUCAGUCAUGCAGAUGGAAGGGAAAUGGUGAUUAACGUGGAGUAUAAUCAACUGGAUCCAUUGCUUAGAGCAACCGGUCAUCCUGAUGGUGACGUUAAUUGUGACACUGGCUAUUCUCCUUACCCUGGAAACAUAAACCAAUUGAUUCUUGAGCUUGGUCCUUACAUUGACGAGCUCUCAAAAACCGGUGGCGCUAUAAAGGAAUUUGUUAACCCCAAAUACAAGGAUGCAACAAAAACCGCUUUCAAGUCAUCUACUAGGUUAGAAUGUAUGAUGCAAGAUUAUCCUAAAACAUUACCUCCAUCAGCACGAGUUGGAUUUACAGUUACAGAUCCAUGGCUUGCUUAUGCACCUGUGAAGAAUAAUCCCGAAGAUGCUGCAAAGGUACCCAAGGGAAACCCGUAUCACAGUGCCACUUCUGGAGAAAUGGCAAUAUAUCGAUCUAAUAGCAUGAUUCUAAGAAAGGCGGGUGUUAAGAUAGAUGAUCCGGUUCCAGGGGUAUUCAAUGGCCAAGAAGUGGAGGUUUGGCCCCGUGUUGUGUGGAAACCAAAAUGGGCCGUAACGUUUGCUGAUGUUAAAAGCAAAGUGAGUGGAAACAACUUUGUAUCUCAAAAAUCCACAUUGGUCAUCAAGGGUAGUAAUGUAACUAUUCAAGAUCUCUCAUUGGAUGGAACCCUUGUUAUCGAUUCUGUUGAUGAUGCAGAGGUGAAAGUGGGAGGUUUAGUGCAAAAUAACGGGUGGGCAAUUGAAAGCAUUGACAAAGACAACACUGCAUUGCCUGAGGAAGUAAGAAUCAGAGGUUUCAAAAUAAACAAGAUGGAGCAGUUAGAAAAAUCCCACACUGAACCCGGUAAGCACACCUUAAACGGGUGAGAUUAAACAUUCUACCACUGUAUACAUUACCCCGAUUCUUUUUUACUCGAUAUUACAAAUUACUCUGGUCUUCUCAUUUUAAUAUUGAGAGGAGUUUCUUUGUAAGAGUGUAUUUUCCCAGCAGCCUUUCGAGGCGGUCUACCAAACGACAUUCUUUGUGAUUCUUGAGGUUUGGGUUUGGACCAUUUGUCAUGUUUUUGUUGUGUAAUCACUUGUGGAGUUUGAUCAUAAUCUUAGUUCAUCUUAA